CNCCAAGUACAUAGUGGGCUCUGUAGGAAAAAAGAUCGUCCGUCCACCAUCUGUCCGGACACUCAAAAAGCAAGCUGAUUUGGAGGAAAUCCUCCUCUGAUCUGUGUCUUCUAGGAGCAAUCAUGGGUCGCGAACAACGCGUUUUCAUCGGGAACAUUCCGGGCCACACCCGGGAACGCGAUGUGGAACGUUUCUUCAAGAACUACGGCCGGAUGCGCGAUGUGGUCAUCAAGCACGGAUAUGGAUUCGUCGAGUUCGACGAUUAUCGCGAUGCCGAAGAUGCGGUUCACGAAUUGGACGGCAAGGAGCUCUUGGGUGAGAGGCUUCGGGUGGAAUUGGCUCGAUCACGGGCUGGCCGAGAUGGAGGCCGUGAUGGGGGCAGUCGAGGAGAUCGUGGAGGUGGUGGUCAACGUGGAGGGGCAGGGUAUGGCAGAGAUCGAGGCUCAGCGAACCGACGGUUUGGCGGAAGAGACGAUCGAGAUGGAAGACGAGGAGGACCUCCGGGUCCUCGAACCGGCUACCGUCUCGUCGUCGAGAACGUGUCAUCACGCACUUCUUGGCAGGACUUGAAGGACUUUUUCCGGUCCUCUGGGGAUAUUACCUACACCAAUGUCCAUUCCUCCCACCAAGGACAAGGCAUCGUGGAGUUUGCCGACCGAAGAGGUCUGGAGAACGCUUUGGACAAGAAGAACGAUCUCGAAUUGAAUGGCCGACGGCUCAAGAUCCGUGAGGAAGGUCGUGGAGGAUCCAGUGGAGGAGGGGGUGGUGAUCACGGACGUGACCGCUCCGAUUCUCGCGGUCGGUCUGCCUCCCGAUCCCGUUCCCGAGGAUCUCGAGAUUCUAGGUCUCGGAGCCGUUCCAAGUCCAGAUCUUCGUCUCGGCAUGGAUCACGUAGUCGCUCAAAGAGUAGCGAUUAAUCAGGUAUCUCUUCGAGGGAACCCGAUCAGGAACGCAUCUAGUUUAUUGCUCGUCUUUCUUUAAUCUCGAUGAUCCCGGCCUCACUCUCAAUAAUUAUCAUUAUUGAAUGGUCUCACUGGAUACCAAAUGUUUUCCUCUCGUAUUUCUCUUUCCGAAAAUUCAAGUUUGUCACCAAUUAUUUUUCAUUCCUGUUCCAAGUCCCGACUAGAGCUUUGAGCAUUCCCAAAUCCUCAGUUGCAAUAUCUAACUUAUGUCAGGCUUAAAAACAAACGAAUAAAUACCCACAUGUGUGUACCAAG